AAGAAGAAGAAGAAGAAGAAGAAGAAAGAAACAGGAAGCAAAAGUGGAGGAAGCUAAAAAUGGAAGCAGCAGUGUUCAUUCUGUCUCUUGUGGACUGCUGUGCGCUGAUUUUCCUCUCGGUUUACUUCAUCAUCACCUUGUCUGAUCUGGAGUGUGACUACAUAAACGCACGAGCAUGCUGCUCCAAACUGAACAAAUGGGUGAUCCCAGAGAUGGUUGGUCAGUGUCUGUCCACGAUGCUGAUGUUGGUGUCCACACACUGGUUUAUAUUCCUCCUGAACCUGCCUGUAGCAGCCUGGAACAUCUACAGGUACGUAAAGGUUCCCAUGGGGAACAUGGGCGUCUUUGACCCGACUGAGAUUCACAACCGGGGUCUUCUGAAGUCCCACAUGAAAGAGGCCAUGAUUAAACUGGGCUACCACCUGCUCUGCUUCUUCAUCUACCUGUACAGCAUGAUCCUGGCUCUGAUCAACGACUGAAGGCCUCACGGAGUCCAGCUUCCAGAUGCACGCUCCUUACACCUGUACUGGAUCCCAGAAACCUCUCAAAGCAGAACGCUUCUUCCAUCGCCGAUCCAGACUUCACUUUAAUGUGGUUAAUAUUUAACUUUCCUACACUCCGUAUCAUCAGGAAGUCUGCUCUUUACUUUGGAAAACAAACCCUCCUUUUGUCCCAAACACCAGCUGAUGAUGAUUUUAGGAACUUUUUUAAUAGUGGGACCAAAACUCAGCCACAAGUUCAGAACCUACUAAAAUAAAACCAGUUAAAUGUUAAAUUUAUCAUCUGAAUGUUUAGACAGUGGAAACAGAAAUAAAGAUGGUUUUUAUUCUGAGGACAAACAUCUCAACCAGUCUUCGGCUGUUUGAAACUUAAACAUCCUGUCUGGUACCAGAGAAGUUGGUGGUGUGGUUCAGUGGAAGCAGCGUACAGAUGUUGGACAGUAGUGGAGAUGGACCAUGAUGCAUUGCAGCAGGUUAAUAGAUGCGAACAUCUGCAGUGACUUUUCAGACUAGAUGAAAAGGACUCAUUUUCUCUUUAAUGCAAAAGAUAUAAAAUCUACAUUUCUAACUUGGCUCCGCCCCUUUCUGAGCCGAUGUUCUGAUCUUUAUAGAAAAUAUUAAAAUUUAAAAUGUUUCAAAGAUAAAUAUAUAAUAGGUGAAUCAUUUCAGUGCAAACCAGCACAGUAUUAUGUACACACCUGAGUACAUGCAGCAUCGUGAAGUAUUCAUUCAGGAAGUCUUCAGAAUGUACAAGUACUGAACAUUUUGAACUCAACCUCAGUUUAAAGUGCAUUUAAUAGAAUUUUAUUCAAGACAUUACUCCAAACUGAAUUUUAACCCAUUCCUGUUGUUCACUAAGUUCAAGUGUCAGAACAACACACGGAUUAGAAGCAAAGAUCAGCAUCUUAACGAGCGUAUUUUUAUUUCUGACAUUUUAUUUACAGACUUAAAACAAAAACAUCUGAAAACUUGGGACUGGAAAGUGUAGGAGCUCGGUGAUGUUCUUGAGUCUGAGCUGGGACACAUUCAGACCCCUCGGUCCAGAUCAGUCUGUUGUAGCAGGACCGGUUCAGUCCGGUCCAAACCCACCACCAAAGAGCCAUAAAUCAGCUGCUGGUGUUUCAGACUAGAGGAGCCGAAGUUCUCCAGAUGUCUGUCAGCUCCUGGUCCAUCUCAUCCAGCACCUCCUGCUCUGAGAGUUUUUAGAAACCAGAACCGGUCCAUUGUUCGAGCUUCUCCCAGACCUGAGUUCAGGGUUCCAGCUGGAUGCUGUUUGAAGGUCUGAUCUGCUGGGUUCAGCCUCGGUCCUACUCUGACCUUACUGUUCAGCAGAACCAGACUCAUAAACACAUCCAGACCUGAUCCGGGACCUGGACCAUGGCAGCAUGCUGGAGAUUUUACUGAGCUGUUGACAAAACUUUAAGACUUUUCAUGUAAAAACGAUCAUUUGAAGUUUUUUGUUGUUGGAGUCCUCGUCCUGUGAUGAUGCAGCGUUCAUGCUCCAGUUUUUUUUUUAACCAUCCUGGGUUCAGUUCUUGGAGCUGGAACUGGUUCUCAGUUCCUUUCUGUAAAUCAGUCACUGAUGCAGUGUUAAGUUUCUUUUAUUGGAGGGGCGGGGCUUGUUUUCCUAAAUAAAAUGAGAAAAAUGACUUCA